UGACGGACAAUGGAAAUACGCUCCUGUUUUAAAUUGGCCAAAACCAUGCGCGCUUCUUUUUCCUCCAAGUUCUGACCUCUGACUCGUCAGUAGUCUCAAAACGGCAAAAGUUCGUGUUGCCGAGUCUGUAUCACAUUAUUUUGGAUUACGUAAAUAUUUAAUUUAGUGAUUAAUUUGUGUAGAAAAUGAUCAACAUUCAAUACUUAUUUGGAUUAGUCUGCCUGGCGGCAGUGUGUUUUCCAACUGUAUAUGCGAUCUCAUGCUACGAAUGCAACAGUGCGCAAGAUAAACGAUGUCUGGGCGAUAUCAAUAAUCAAUUGAGCGACGAUCUGAAGAAGCCUUGUCCAGAUAAAAAGGACGACAAACCGUACACAUUAUGUAGAAAAAUUAAGCAAAUGAUCGACUUUGAAGUGAAUGGACUUCAGCCAGAUAACCGAGUAAUACGCACAUGUGGUUGGGAUGAUUCCCAAUACAAAAAUAAAUGUUACCAAAGAUCAGGCUUCGGUGGGCGACAGGAAGUUUGUGCGUGCGAUAAAGAUCACUGCAAUGGAAGUUACAUAGUAACCGCAUCUGCCGCCCUUGUAGCUGGACUCGUAAUCUUAUUAAAAAUUAGCAUAUUUUAAGUUUUAUUUAUUCAAUAAAACCUGGAAGAAAUCAAAACUUGUUUAUAAAUCAACAUUUCAUACCAAUAUUAAAAAUUAGAUCGGACUAAUAAAUUAUUGUUAAAUCGCAGCCGCAACAGUCAAAGAUUUUGUCGUAAUGCAGAAAUAAAACUAUUAAAGCAAACACAAAUUAUGAAAGAUUCAAAUUAUGUUCGUUUGUUAAGUAUUUCAUUAGAUUACUGUAGAUGUAGAUAUAUCUGUAAAUUAAACUCGCUGUAGGGUAGAAUGCCAAUACUUAGGCUAAAGUGUAGUACUUUAAUAAACUAUUCAGCAAAGCUCACAUUGGCGAAAAAUUUCUUUAGGUACGGAGUACUUCUUACAAGUAUACACCAAGUAGAUAUGUAACAAUUUCUUAGAUUACUAUCGACUAUUUAUACAUAGCACGUAAAAUGAAAUAACUGUACUAGUUCAAUACAUAUUGUCAGAUAUACAUUGUGCUUUUGAAAUGUUCACAAAUAUUUUCCAAUCGAAAGAUAGCAAUUGUUUAAUACCCUUUGUAGGCUAAUGUACAAUUUGAUAUUUUUUGAAGUAUUGCUUUUUACUCAGUUCUAAUUUUGAUAUUCAGUCUCUUUUAUUUUUUCUGUUACACGCAAUCAUGGGAUCUGCUAGUUUCUUUGUGUGGACGUGGACGCCUUUACAGAACAUUCCACUCAAAACGGGGGACGUUCUAUGAAAGCAUUCACACGUACGUUCGCCUCUUUUGCCGAAAAAAUAAAUAUAUCAAAGAAACGAGACCGGAAUGAAAAAAAAUAUUUCAUGGCAUGAUCCCUACUGAUUCCAGAUGCGUAAUUUGACAUGAAUCAUCUACUCCGGAAAUUAAAAAGUUAGAGACAUGCUAACAUUAAACUGAGGCAAGAUUUGCACUUUACAACAAAACAUAAGUGCAAACCAGUGAUGCAAUAUAAAGGAACACGAGAAAAAAUUUGGUAAACAACAUUUUAGUUAACCAUUCAAUUUACAUUAUUGUUGCAUAUAUUUAACACAUUUUGUGUGUUAAUCACAAGGACUACAACUAACGUUUAAUAUUCACGGGGAUGGGUAAUGCUAUGGUGUUCAUAGAAUGUAAAGAUGUUAUAUUUGUUGCUUUAUUUUAAAAAAUGUAUAUCUGAUAUUUUGUUUUUAGAGUAGUAUGUAAGUAUUGAAAAAUAUGUUAUUUGUAAGGAGGCAACUGGGACUCAACCGAAUCGAACAACACGAAACAAUAAUCACCAAUUUUAACAGUUUACAUGCACAUAUCAAAUGAGCUUUUGACACUGCCCAAUUCACAAAAUUAUCAAUAACUAAAUUUGUGAUAGUUCACGUAGAUGUUUUUUGUAUGUACAACGCAAAAUAAAAGCUUCAAAUAUU